CGGGCCUCCGCCCCCACGGGCCGCGCAGCCCUGAGGAUGCCCGCAGCAGCCGGGAGCGUGCGCAGCCACGUGACGGCCGCUAUAAGAGCGCUCGGGGCGGACGCUGGGCUCCCGCCGCGCCUCCUCCCGGGCCGCGCUCCCCUCCUGGCCCCCGGCUUCUCAGAGCCACCAACCUGCGGCUGCAGCGGCCGCCCGCGCCCCGGCAGCACCAUGACAGAUCAGGCCUUUGUGACACUGACAACAAACGAUGCCUACGCCAAGGGUGCCCUGGUUCUGGGCUCAUCUCUGAAACAGCACAGGACCUCCCGAAGGCUGGCCGUGCUCACCACCCCACAGGUCUCAGACAGCAUGAGGAAGGCUUUGGAGGUAGUCUUUGAUGAAGUCAUCACCGUAGACAUCUUGGACAGUGGUGACUCCGCUCAUCUCACCUUGAUGAAGAGGCCUGAGUUGGGCAUCACACUGACCAAACUGCACUGCUGGUCCCUCACCCAGUAUUCAAAAUGCGUGUUCAUGGAUGCAGAUACGCUGGUCCUCAAAAAUAUUGAUGAUCUUUUUGAAAGAGAAGAACUGUCGGCGGCCCCAGACCCAGGGUGGCCUGACUGCUUCAACUCGGGGGUCUUUGUGUAUCAGCCUUCAGUGGAAACCUACAAUCAGCUGUUACGCUGUGCUGCCGAGCAGGGCAGUUUCGACGGUGGGGACCAGGGAUUACUGAACACAUUUUUUAGCAGCUGGGCAACAACAGAUAUCAGAAAACAUCUGCCAUUUAUUUAUAACCUAAGCAGCAUUUCUAUAUACUCCUAUCUCCCAGCAUUCAAAGCGUUUGGGGCAAAUGCCAAAGUUGUACAUUUUCUGGGGCAAACCAAGCCAUGGAAUUAUACUUAUGAUAGCAAAACAAAAAGUGUCCAAAGCGAGGCCUACGAUCCCACCAUGGCUCACCCCGAGUUCCUAAACCUGUGGUGGGACACCUUCACCACCAAUGUCGUACCUCUGCUGCAACAGUUCGGCCUUGUCAAAGACACCUGCGCAUACCAAAAUGUGGAGGAUGUCUCAGGAGCCGUAUCACACUUGUCCCUUGGGGAGGUGCCGGCUACCACACAGCCCUUUGUGUCCUCAGAAGAAAGGAAAGAGCGGUGGGAACAGGGCCAGGCUGAUUACAUGGGAGCAGAUGCCUUUGACAACAUCAAGAAGAAACUUGACACUUACCUCCAGUAACACUGCCAUUUUGCCUGUGGACACACCCACUUCACAGGCACCCGUUUGAUACUUAGCGUCUAGAGCUGGGUUGAGAAAAGUCUGUUACCGCUUCUAGAGGCUUUGACUAAAACUCAUCAGUCGAGUUUUUGUAGAGCAAGAACUGGGCAAAAGUUACGAGGCAGCAGUUCUGUUGUGGACAGUGUUCUGCUUUUUAACACUAGACUUCUUUAGCUGUUUCAGAAAUUCUCAGAUCGCUAGUGUACAUGGUAAACGAAACUCAAUAGUAAGCUAUGAACAUGGCUACAUCAACUCUGUGGGAAAAAGGUACACAUCCCAGUUCCAAAUCAGUCUCCCUCCCCAACAGCACAUUGGCAUC